AUGAGUGUCCCACGACGUGUGGUCAAACUUGUGCAGUUCUCUGGAUCCUACUUAAAUGUGGCGUGGACACGAAAGUUCAUCCUUGGCUCCUUGUUGCAGCGCUACAACCCCGCGUCCGCCAAUGGCGGUGGGACACCUGCCGUUACGUCGUCUCCUCCCCCCAAGUUGACGCGCGAGAGUGCCGCGCUGGAAAAGGAGCUGCUUAGGCUGCAACGCAUGCUUGGGGAAGUCUGGUCGCUUCCGGUGUGGCCGCUAGAUGCAGUGAGCGAGGCGCGCAUCUUUCGGCUUCUUGCACGGUACGCCGCCGGCGAGGGCGUUCUUGCCACGGAGGCAUUGGAGGAGCUGAAUCGGGUGCUGGCCUACAUUCACGGCGCCCCGCAGAGUGUCGAGAAUCCGCAGCAGAUGGAGUGUCUUCUUCAGACGCUGCAGUACGUAGAGCCGGAUGACAACUUACGACGCGUGGCAUUUGCGGGGGAGCUGCACUACCCACCCAGUGCUCUUGCGCACAUGCAGGGCUACCUGACGGAGGAGCUCCAGCAGGAUGGCGGGGACCCGUUUGACGGUAUUCGGCAGUAUAUGGAGGGGCCGGCGUACGCCAUUGACUCCGCCACCACGUCGGAGGUGGACGACGCGAUUGGGGUGCACACGGACCCCGCAACCGGGGAGGAGUACUUUGUAGUGUACGUGUCGGAUGCCACCGUAUACUGCCCUUUUGACAGCCCGCUGGAGCAGGUCACGGCGCGGCUCCUGACCACAACGACGUACCUGCCGGAGGGGGUCUUUUUUAUGCUGCCAAAGCCCAUUGUGGAGGCGGCAACGCUGCGCGAGGAUCGGCCAUGUAGGACGUUUAACAUCCGCUUUCAGAUUGAUGAAGCGACAGGGGAGCUGAAGAACUACAGCGUCGGCGUUGGCUGGCUGAAGAAGCUGCGCCGCAUCACCUACGACGAGGUCCAGGCACUGUACGACGCCAAGGAGGGGGAAACGACUGUGGCGGCGGCAGCUGCACUCCCGUCUUGGGUCACGGCAGACGACGCCCGUGCCCUGCAUCGUAUUCACGUUGCGGCACGUAAACGGCUUGAUGGGCGUCAGGCGCGUUCAUUGGAGCAAUUCAUCGACGCGAACCUCCCGGAGCCUCACAUUACAGUGGCAUCGAGACGUGUCUUGUCGGUGGAGGACCAGGUGGUUGCCACCAAAGAUGCCCGCCUGGCCGUCGCGGAGAUGAUGAUCGCCGCGAACGAGGUCUGCUCCCGUGUGGCGCAGGCAAAUCACAUACCAAUCCCCUACCGCGGCACCCGGGAGCUUUCCAUGGAUCACGAGGCGGCGCGUCUGUAUCGGGAGCCACAGGGUGUCGCAUCGGUGGCAUCACUGGACCCGCAGUACGUGUAUUUUGCGGAGGCAAUACAGCACGCCAUUCGGCAGCUGAGCGCCGUCACUCGGGCUGUCUACUUCCACACACCCAUUUACCAUGCCGGGAUGAACACGUAUAACUACACCCACAGCACAAGCCCGCUUCGGCGCUACGCAGACAUGUUGGUUCACCACCAGCUAAAGGUGUGGCUUUGGCGCACCUCCGCAGAGAACAUGCAUCGUGCCAUGUCCCUUGCCUCACGGAAAGGAGCGGCACCAGCGUUGAUGAUUGACCAACCCAUCGCAGAACAUACCAUGGCCACGCUGUGUUCCAUGAUAAGCAACAAGCAGGAGCAGUCUAGGAUUUUGCAGGAUAACAGCCAACGCUACUGGUUACUGAGACACAUUGAGCGUAACAUUCUCACAAAAGAUCGUAAUUAUCGCUUUAUUUGUCUUGUCGGCGACACACGUGGCGUGGAGAGUGCGCCCGAAUACACACGUUUCAUGGAUUCCCCGCACUUGGAUCACCUCCGCGCAGAUAACGACGCGGCUGGCGGUGGUGGUGGUGAGUUGACCCCUUCGACGUUGCAACGAGUCAAACGGACGGUACCGCUGAGUGGUCGGUGGCAGCAGCGACAGCAUGAGUACCGGUAUGUGUCGGACAUUUACAUCCCGGAACUGCAGUUCGCACACGUGGUGCUCCACAGCCUGCCAAAUGUGGUGAUUGGGGCAGUGGUGGAGUGUGGGGUGGUUGCCGUGCAUCCCACGCAGGGGCAGCUGACACUGAGGGUUGUCAAAGUGUGGACGGGUGGGGAUGAGCGUCAGUUUGAAGGGGUGUGGAAGCGGGCGCUACUUCCCUCGCUUGACUCGUGA